AUGCGUGUUGCGCAACUGAAGGUGCGGCGGAAGAAGAAUGUCAAGAAGGGCAUUCAGUUCUGUCUCAUGGUCUGCGGCGCAAGUGGAACCGGCCGAACCACCUUUGUCAACACACUCUGUGGAAGGCGAGUCCUCCAGCCCAAAGACGCAGACGACGCAGCGAAUGCCCACCUCGAGGAAGGCGUCAGAAUCAAGCCAGUAACUGUUGAGCUGGAAUUGGAUGAGGAGGGCACCCGUGUGUCUUUGACCAUCGUCGACACUCCCGGCUUCGGCGACCAGAUUGACAACGAAUCGGCCUUUGGCGAAAUUGUUGGCCAUCUCGAGAGACAGUACGACGAUAUCCUGGCCGAGGAGUCUCGUAUCAAGAGAAACCCUCGAUUCCGUGACAAUCGGAUCCACGCUCUGCUCUACUUCAUCACUCCAACCGGUCACGGUCUGCGCGAGCUUGACAUAGAGUUGAUGAAGCGUCUCUCCCCACGUGUCAACGUCAUCCCAGUCAUUGGCAAGGCCGAUUCGCUGACCCCUGCCGAAUUGGCUGAGUCGAAGAAAUUGGUCAUGGAAGACAUCGAGCACUACCGAAUCCCAGUCUACAACUUCCCCUACGACAUUGAAGAAGAUGAUGAAGAUACCGUUGAGGAGAAUGCAGAACUACGUGGCUUGAUGCCUUUCGCCAUUGUGGGUUCAGAGGACAUUAUCGAGAUUGGCGGGCGCCGGGUUCGUGCACGACAGUAUCCGUGGGGUAUCGUUGAAGUCGACAACCCUCGUCACUCGGAUUUCCUGGCUAUUCGUAGCGCCCUCCUGCACUCGCAUCUUGCCGACCUCAAAGAAAUCACUCACGACUUUCUCUACGAGAACUACCGAACAGAGAAACUCAGCAAGAGUGUGGAAGGGGGCGUCUCCGCCCAAGACUCGUCCAUCAACCCUGAGGACCUCGCCAACCAAUCAGUCCGCCUCAAGGAAGAACAGCUGCGACGCGAAGAGGAAAAAUUGAGGGAGAUCGAAGUGAAAGUGCAACGUGAAAUCAACGAGAAGCGACAAGAGCUACUGGCACGCGAGAGCCAGCUCAGAGAGAUCGAAGCCCGUAUGCAGCGUGAGCAAUCUGUUGGAAUGGGAGAGGACCUAAAUGGCCACGGCGAGUAA